AUGACGGGCGAGGAUGGGAAGUGCGGCGGCGCUGGCGGCGGUGUCACCGGCGGCGGCACCGGGGCGAACGUAAACGUCACCGACAACGCCAACAACGUGAAUGCCAACGUGAACGUCAGCCAGCAGAACGGCGGACCGGAAAAGGCGCCGGUCGUCGGCGGCACCAACGUGGAAACGCUGCCACGCACUGGAAAGCAGAGCGAUCCCAGCACUGCGUUUCUGCGAGCAGCUCGCGCUGGGCAACUCGAGAAAGUCUUGGAGUACUUGGAGUCUGGAGUGGACAUCAACUCUUCUAAUGUUAAUGGCUUAAACGCUUUGCACCUGGCAGCUAAAGACGGUCACUUGGAAAUCGUGAAGGAGCUCAUAAAUCGCGGCGCAAUCGUAGACGCCGCUACCAAAAAAGGAAACACGGCAUUGCACAUAGCUUCUCUUGCUGGACAAGAGGAGGUUGUACAAUUGUUGGUGCAACGAGAGGCCUCCGUGAAUGCACAAUCGCAAAAUGGAUUCACGCCGCUGUACAUGGCUGCUCAGGAAAACCACGAUUCUGUGGUCAAGUACCUCCUCAGCAAGGGUGCGAAUCAGACAUUGGCCACCGAGGACGGUUUCACUCCGUUGGCGGUGGCCAUGCAACAGGGUCACGACAAAGUAGUAGCCGUUCUUCUAGAAAACGACACUCGUGGUAAAGUUCGACUGCCCGCCCUACACAUCGCCGCGAAGAAAGACGACUGCAAGGCGGCCGCCCUACUUUUGCAAAACGACCAUAAUCCCGACAUAACAUCGAAGAGCGGUUUCACGCCGCUUCACAUAGCGGCGCAUUAUGGCAACGACCGAAUCGCCUCCUUGCUUUACGACAGAGGCGCGGAUAUUAAUUUUGCGGCGAAGCACAAUAUCACACCGAUACACGUGGCGGCGAAGUGGGGCAAGAUCAAGAUGGUGAAUCUCCUCAUGGGCAAGGGGGCGAACAUCGAAGCAAAAACGAGAGAUGGUCUGACCCCUCUGCACUGCGCAGCGAGGUCCGGCCACCACGAAGUAGUUGACAUACUCAUCGAGAAGGGAGCACCAAUCGGCUCGAAGACGAAGAAUGGUCUUGCGCCGUUGCACAUGGCUUCUCAAGGGGAUCACGUCGACGCCGCGAGGAUCUUGUUGUACCACCGCGCUCCCGUCGACGAGGUGACGGUGGACUACCUGACCGCGUUACAUGUAGCCGCACACUGCGGCCACGUGCGAGUAGCCAAGCUACUACUGGACAGAAAUGCCGAUCCCAACGCGCGAGCGCUCAACGGAUUUACCCCCCUUCAUAUCGCGUGCAAGAAGAACAGGAUAAAGGUGGUGGAACUCCUCCUAAAGCACAAAGCUAGCAUCGAAGCUAUGACUGAGUCUGGACUAACUCCACUGCACGUGGCGAGUUUCAUGGGAUGCAUGAACAUCGUAAUUUACUUACUGCAACACGAAGCUAGCCCCGACAUACCGACAGUAAGAGGCGAAACGCCAUUACAUUUAGCUGCCAGAGCGAACCAAACUGAUAUUAUUAGGAUACUUCUUAGGAACGGCGCCCAAGUUGAUGCACGAGCAAGAGAGGAACAGACACCGCUUCAUGUCGCUUCCCGCUUGGGUAACGUCGAUAUCGUGAUGUUACUGCUGCAACAUGGUGCAGGAGUAGACGCUACAACGAAGGAUUUAUAUACUCCGCUUCAUAUCGCUGCUAAGGAGGGCCAAGAGGAGGUUGCAUCCGUAUUAUUAGAAAACAGCGCGUCGCUUACUGCAACGACCAAGAAAGGAUUCACUCCCUUACAUUUAGCGGCUAAGUACGGUAACAUGAACGUAGCACGAUUAUUGUUACAGAAGAACGCACCCGUUGACGCUCAAGGGAAAAACGGGGUGACGCCUCUUCACGUGGCGUCUCAUUAUGAUCAUCAGAACGUGGCUUUACUUUUACUCGACAAAGGAGCUUCACCUCACGCCAUGGCUAAAAAUGGACACACACCAUUGCAUAUUGCCGCACGUAAGAAUCAGAUGGACAUCGCAACUACCUUGUUAGAGUACGGAGCGAAAGCCAAUGCGGAAUCAAGGGCUGGUUUUACGCCGUUACAUUUGAGUGCACAAGAAGGUCAUACUGAUAUGUCAACUCUUCUUAUCGAGCAUAAGGCUGACACAAAUCACAAAGCAAAGAACGGCCUUACGCCUUUGCAUCUAUGCGCACAAGAAGAUAAAGUGAAUGUCGCCACCAUUCUUGUGAAGAAUGGUGCUCAAAUCGAUGCUAAGACCAAGGCUGGAUACACGCCGUUGCACGUGGCGUCGCACUUUGGCCAAGCAGCUAUGGUGCGAUUUCUCCUGAGAUCCGGUGCAGCCGUCGACAGCAGCACCAACGCCGGUUACACUCCUCUUCACCAGGCCGCGCAGCAAGGACACACCUUGGUCAUCAAUCUACUCUUGGAGAGUAAAGCUAAACCGAAUGCCGUGACCAACAACGGGCAGACCGCUUUGGACAUCGCACAAAAGCUCGGCUACAUAAGCGUCAUUGAAACAUUGAAGGUCGUCACAGAGACCAUCAUCACGACAACUCACACCGUCACCAUCGAGGAGAAGUAUCGAGUUCAAGCACCCGAGUCCAUGCAGGAGACAUUCAUGAGCGACAGCGAGGACGAAGGUGGUGGUGAUGAAAUCGGCACCGCAGCCAUGAAUGUGUACGGGCAGCCUCCGCACGCGCAACACGUGUACCUUCCUUCUUACUACCAGGGCCAAAUGACCUAUACCCGUGAGGAUCCGAUGCUCAGCGACCAACAGCAGUAUCGAUACAUGACUGUUGACGACAUGAAAUCCAUGGCGGAUGACUCGAUGCGCAUGAACGUGACGGACGACGAGAGAGACAAUCGACAUUCCGCAGCGACUACCAUAACGGAGACGAUGACGAAAGAGAAUUAUCAGCGUACGAAUGCGAUCAACCUCAAGCCGGACAAUGUGGACAUCAACAAGCAUCCAGUGCACGUCGGCGCGUCUCUAGAGUCCCUAUGCACUUCGCUGGCAGCCCUCAGUACCGCGCCCAAGGGACAAGGAAUGUGGAGGGACAGCUUCCUGGUUUCCUUCUUGGUGGACGCGAGAGGCGGUGCAAUGCGCGGAUGCAGGCACAGCGGCGUCCGCGUGAUUGUCCCACCGCGCAAAGCUGCGAUGCCUAUGCGUGUCACAUGCAGAUACUUGAGGAGGGACAAAUUGACGAAUCCACCACCCUUGAUGGAAGGGGAGGCGUUGGCCAGCCGCAUCCUCGAGCUGGGGCCCGUGGGUGCAAAAUUCUUAGGCCCUGUUAUCAUAGAGGUACCACACUUCGCGUCGCUGCGCGGAAAGGAGCGGGAGAUAGUGAUUCUUCGAUCAGACAACGGGGAGACCUGGCGCGAGCACACUUUGGAAGCCAGCGAGGAGGCUGUCCAAGAUGUGCUUAACGAGAGCUUUGAGGGAGAAGAGCUAAGCCAGCUGGAGGAUCUCCAAACGUCUCGCAUCGUUAGGAUACUCACCGUAGAUUUUCCACAUUACUUUGCGGUGGUAUCUCGCAUCAGACAAGAGGUCCAUGCGGUUGGUCCCGAAGGCGGCACCGUGUCGUCGUCCGCCGUGCCACAAGUACAAGCUGUCUUCCCGCAAGCGGCCCUCACCAAGAAGAUCAGAGUCGGUCUGCAGGCACACCCGAUACCUGCGGAUCUCGUCGCUAAGUUACUCGGGAACAGAGUGGCGGUGUCGCCGAUCGUUACUGUCGAGCCGAGACGAAGAAAGUUCCACAAGCCGAUAACCUUAACUAUCCCGGUGCCACAGGCGGCCAAUAAAGGCAUGAUCAACCAAUACUCCGGGGACGCGCCAACUUUGAGACUCCUGUGCAGCAUAACUGGUCGUUCAGGGGGUCAGACUCGGGCAGUCUGGGAGGACGUCACAGGCUCGACGCCACUGACCUUCGUGAAAGAUUGCGUUUCCUUCACUACUACAGUCUCCGCUCGCUUCUGGCUGAUGGAUUGCCGUAACAUUUCCGAAGCCACGAAAAUGGCCACGGAACUAUACACGCACGCGACUCACGUGCCGUUCAUGGCCAAGUUCGUGGUGUUCGCGAAACGAGUGGAUCCAAUGGAGGCGAGACUACGCGUGUUCUGUAUGACGGACGAUAAAGAGGACAAGACUCUGGAGCACCAGGAGCACUUUACAGAAGUCGCCAAGAGCAGAGACGUUGAGGUUCUGGAAGGGAAAACGCAGUACAUGGAAUUCACGGGCAAUCUUGUUCCUGUGCUGAAGACUGGCGAGCAGCUUCAACUGCCGUUCCGAGCCUUCAAGGAGAACAGAGUUCCGUUUACCGCGAGGAUAAAGGAUCCGGACGCCGCGGACAUGAUGGGUCGCAUCAUGUUCAUGAGCGAGCCGAAGGUGCCGCGGGGUGAGCUGCCGCAAACACCGAUCUGCACACUGAAUAUCCUGCUGCCGGAGAAGAUCUCGCCGGACACCGCGGUCUCCGAGCUCGACCUACUCGAGCUGUCGAAGAACUACAGCUUCCUGCGCGACGGCGGAAUAAGCAGACCAGACGCUAUCCACAGAGCAACUAUCCGUCUGACCGACAUCGCCAAUCUGUUGAAUACGGAUUGGGAACAGUUGGCGGAAGAGUUGAACAUACCGCCCAACGAUGUGGCUCUAAUCAAGCAAGAGUAUCCCGAUAAACCCGCGCAGCAGGCCGCGGCGAUGUUCAAGAUCUGGCAGAACAACGGAAACAAAGCCACGGGAAAUACGUUAGAAAAGGCGCUCAAUAAGAUCGGUCGUGAAGAUAUAGUAAACAAAUGUAUUUUCAACGUCGAGUUAGUGACGGACGACGUGGAGAAGGCUGUCGCGAGAGUCAGAUUAGAUCAGCCUGGCUUUGACUCAUUGAAAGAGGAAUUGGGACCGUCGAGAAACACGUCGCUCCGUCGUGAUGCUACGAUGGACCCUAAGAUGGACCCUGAUUAUGAGGAGCCUGACAGAAUGAAGGACUCUGAAUCGGUCGAGGAUCUCAGUAUCACUGGCAGCGUACACGACAAGCGAACCAAACAGCACGUCACAAUCACAAACGGCACUGUAUUCAACGGAACCUCGACCCCCAUCAAAGACAAAUACGCGAGCGACGAGAAAGAGCUCGGCGACAUGAUGGCCGAUUACCUUACGCACAAGUGUCACGUGGCCGACACGAUGAGCAAAAAGUCGCGCGACGAACUGGACGAUCCGGAGAAAAAACGGGAGAAAGUGAUCGCAGACGCCAACAAGAUAGUCUCUGGUGUAAUAGCAGACGCUGAGAAAGAGAAGGGGAAGUUAGCGAAGGAAGGGUGGUCGGUGGUUUAUGAUGAUGAUGAUGCGCGGGACAGUAAAGAGGCGCGGGGUGCGGUAGGACAGACGUUAAUUAACGUACACUUAGAUAGAACGGCCGCAGAACCGGAAGGUAUCGUUCCGAAAGCGGACGCCGAGCCGAAGGGCGCGGUUGCGAAAGCGGUCGCCGAGCAAAUCCCGUCUGUUGAGCCGCCGAUGGUUCGGCAGUACCGCGACGUUAAGCCGGAACCCAAGGUUAGCACUUCGAAAGUCGUAGUUUCCGUGAGCGAUCCGAAAAUAGGUGAAAAGAUUACGACGAAGACCACGGUGGUCAAGCAGUUCGAUCAGACGCCGGCUAAGGUAAUCGCGAAGGAGACCGUGGUAGUUUCCCCCGAUAAAAAAGACGUCGUUAGCGAGAAGGAGAAACUUUCCAAGGAGGGCAAGGAGGUCGACGAGAAGUUGUUGACAUCCGCGGACGCGGGUCUCGCGAAAAAACCCAAGGUUGAGGCUACACGAAUCGAUGAAAAGCUCGACGUGAAGGUUCCUGCAGAUAAGGAUAAGGACAAGAAGAAGGAGAAAGAGAAGGAUAAGGUUGCAGUGCAGGUUGACAGUGCACAAGCCGAUCAGAAGAAGCCAGAUUCGAAAGCUCCUGCAGACAAGAAGAAGGAUAAGGAGAAAGAGAAGGACAAGGAGAAGGAGAAGGAUAAGGAGAAAGAAAAGGACAAGGAAAAAGAGAAAGAUAAGGAGAAAGAUAAGGAUGCAAAGCAGGUAAAAACGUCGGCUUACGAAGACGUUUACAAUGUGCAGCAUCCGCCAGGCAGCACCGAAGAGAAAGCAGAUGACGAGGCGAAGAAGUCGAAGGACAGAGGCAGCGGAAUAUUCUCGGGUAUAUUUAAGGGCGCUAAAUUGAAGAAGAGUAAGAAAAGCUCGAAGGACACGUCCUUUGACAGCGGUGACGAAGAGCCGAAGGCCGCUGCAAUGAAGGCUCCUGAACAACAGACGGAACAGCCUUCCGACAAGAUAACGGAUAUCUAUUUCGACAGCAAGCUUCCAGAGAUCAUGGUCGCACCCAACGUGAAAUCGGCCACCUUGGAGUUCCUGGAUGACUCCAGACGAGUUGCCGCGGGUAUGCACGUGCCUUACGAAGGUCCAGGUAAAACGGAGGAUGUCAUCAAAGAGGAGAAGAAAGCAGAGGAGGAUAAAAAAGUUGAAUCCACCGAAGGCGAUGAUGAUGGCAAAGACAAGACGGGCUUCUUCUCGAGUCUGUUCAAGAGCAAGUCCAAAAAGGACGAGAUCGCAGACGGGACAGUCAUACCCGUGAUCCACGUGGAGAAGCCGAAGGAAACCGCGGAGCAGAUCGCAAAGAAGGAGAAGAAAAAGUUGGCGGCGCUCGCGAAGGAGAGUGAAGAGCUGGAGCAACAGCUGAAGGAGAAGGCGAAAGAUGAGACAGUUAAAGUUACCGAGGUAACGUUACCAAGUGUGCCUGCCGAGAAAGAGAUCGAGAAAGCCGUGAAGAACGGUACAAAGGUUGUAGAAGACGCAAAGAGCAAGAUCGCCGCGGACGAGCAGCCGCGCGGCAAAGACGACGAGAAGGGCGAAGAUCAAGUGAAGGAGAAGGGCGGCUUCUUCGGCAUCUUCAAGAGCCCGAAAUCAAAGGAAAAACGACUCGCCAAAUCGAAGGAGACGUCUCUCGACAGCGGCGACGAAGAAAUCCGAGUUGUCACGGAGAAACUCUUGGACGACACUCAGAAGGUCGCCGACGUUAGUAUCGUGCCAGUUGCGUAUAAGACUGACGGCACCAAGGUCAUUCCGCAAGAAGAAGUGCGCACUUUUAUCUCAGCCACCCACUACGAUGCCGACACGCCCGCCGACAAGAUCAGCAAGUCCUACGACGUGGUCCAAACAAAGACGACGAUCGAGAGGACUGUCAUUCACGAGGAAGUAAAUGGGAAAACGGACGUCGAUAAGGAGAAGGGUCGGAAGGAGGAGAAAGUAGUUGCUGAGAAAAUCGUUUCGGAGGUGAAGCCGGAAACCACGGUGGAACCGAAAGUACCUGAAGCAGAGAAAGAGGCAACCGACGAGACCAGCAAGGAGAAGGGCGGCGGCUUCUUCGGCAUGUUUAAGAGUCCGAAGCUGAAGAGCAAGAAGCGCAGCCGAUCCCGAGAGCAGAGCUCCUCGAAGGAAACCUCAUUCGACAGCGGAGACGAGGAAGUCCGUUUAGCAACGGCGAAGCUGCUGGAGGACACGAGACAGUUGGCAGACAGCAUGCAGCAUCCGGUUGAAGAGAAGAUCCCGGAGCAAGAGGUUUCUGCGCUCGUGAAAACCGCUGUCGAACAAAUAAAAAAGGAGGAGAUGAAGAAGUCCAGCAUUCCUGAGGACGAAGUGGCCGAGAAGGAGAAAGGAAGCGGCAUCUUUGGGAUAUUCAGAAGCCCCAAACAGGCGAGGAGCUCCAGAAGCAGAUCUAAGGAGAAGACUCCGUCGCUUGAGUUACCGGACAGUGGCCAGGAGGACUCGCGGGAUGUAACAGCAAAGUUCCUGGAAGACUCGCGCACCGGAUUGACAGAUCUGGAGCAGCCAAAACCUGACAAGGAUGACAAAUUGACAACUGAGAUAGAAGAUGUCGGGAAAGCCAUCAAAGACGGCAAAGACGCAGUCGCCAAGAAAGUAGACGAGAAGACGUCGGAUGUCGCCGACUCCGCCGAGGCUGUGAAGGACAAGGCAAGUAAGGAGACGAAGAAAUUGAAGGAGAAGGGAUCGGGUUUCUUGUCGGGAAUCUUUAAGGGCACGAAACAUGCUGUGGAGGGUAUGACGGACGACGUCAAAGAGUUCUUAGACGAGACGAAGAAAGAAGCCGCUUUGGAAGAAGCACGAGCGAAAGAAGCGGCAGCAGCUGGUUUGAAGGACAUGGAGCAGACGAAGGACGCCGUAGUAGCCGACAUUAAAGAUAGCGCUGAUAAAGCUGCAGCAGACAUCAAGGACAUCAAGGAUAAGACGGUGUCGGCAGUGAAAGAAAAGAAGGAGAAAGUAACAGAGAAGGCAACGGAUCUCGCGAAAGCUGCCGCCGAUAAAGUGGCAGCAGAUGCGAAAAAAGUUGACGAAAAAGUCGAGGCAACUGCGAAGGACGCCGCGCAGGUCAGCAAAGACAUCAAAGAAGCAGUUGUCGCAGAGGCAAAGGAAGACGCCAAAAUUGUCAAGGAGAAAUUAUCAUCAGCUGCUGAGACUACUGCGGAAACCUCAGUGAGUAUAAAAGACAAAACUGUGAAAGAAGCGAAAAAGGCGAAAGAAAAAGGAAGCGGAUUCUUCUCCGGCAUAUUCAAAGGCGCGAAACACGCCGUCGAAGAUGCAACCGACGACGUAAAAGAUUUCCUGGAUGAAACGAAGAAGGAAGCUCAAUUGGAAGAAGAACGCACCAAAGAAAAGGCCGCGGCAGGUCUCAAGAGCUUGCAGGAUAAGAAGGACGCUGUCGUCAGUGGAGUUCAAGAGACAGCCGACAAAACUGUUGCAGAUAUUAAAGAUGCCAAGGAUAAGACAGUGUCUGCAGUUAAAGACAAGAAAGAUAAAAUCAUAGAAGAAGUAUCGAAGGAUGCUCACAAAGUCGCCGACACCACAAAAGCAGCCGGCGAAAAAGUCGCAAUGGAAACAAAGAAGAUUGGUGAGAAAAUCGGCACAGCUGUAGCGGAUGUUACACAGGGUGUUAAAGAUACUAAAGAUGCAGCAAUUAAAGAAAUACAAAAAGAAAAAGAGGAUACAAAAUUGGCGAAAGAAAAACUAGAAGCAGGUGCUGAAGCCGUCGCGGAAACUAUAGAAGGUGCAAAAGAUAAAGCGGGCAAGGAAGCGAAGAAAGCUAAAGAGAAGACAAGUGGUUUCUUCUCCGGAAUAUUUAAAGGUGCGAAACACACUGUAGAAGAUGCGACAGACGAUGUCAAAGAAUUUCUGGACGAGACUAAGAAGGAAGCUGCUCUAGAAGAGGAACGUGCUAAAGAAAAGGCUGCAGCGGGUCUCAAGGAUUUGAAAGAUAAGAAAGAUGCUGUCGUCACGGGAGCCCAAGAAGUUGCAGGAAAGGUGGCUGCUGAUGUAAAAGAUGUCAAGGAUAAAGCAGCAUCUGCUGUGAAAGACAAGAAGGAUAAAGUUGUGGAAGAAGUUUCGAAAGAUGCCCAGGAAGUCGCCGAUACCACGAAGGCAAUCGCUGAAAAAGUUACGACAGAAUCAAAAAAGGUUAGUGACAAAAUAGGAUCAGUUGCGGCAGAUGUCGCCCAAGGUGUUAAGGACGUCAAGGAUGCAGCAGUAAAAGAAGUGAAAGAAGACACAAAAAUGGCGAAGGAGAAAUUGGCAGCAGAAGCUGAGGCUGUAGCGGAAACCGUAGAUGAAGCGAAAGAAAAGGCGACCAAAGAAGCCAAAAAAGCUAAAGAGAAGACCAGUGGUUUCUUCUCCGGAAUCUUCAAAGGCGCAAAACACGCAGUGGAAGAUGUAACCGACGACGUCAAGGAAUUCGUGGACGACACGAAGAAAGAAGCUACAAUGGAAGGAGAGCGUGCCAAGGAGACCGCAGACAAAGCUGUUGCUGACGUUAAGGAUGUAAAGGAUAAGGCAGCUUCUACAAUCAAAGACAAAAAGGACAAGAUUGUGGAAGAAGUUUCGAAAGAUGCUCAAAAAGUUGCUGACACCACGAAAGCAGUUGGGGAAAAAACAGGGGAAGAAACCAAGAUAAUCGGUGAGAAAAUCAGCAUAACAGCUGCAGAUGUAGCACAGGGAGCUAAGGAUACCAAAGAUGCAGCGGUUAAAGAAGUGAAGGAAGACACAAAAUUGGUUAAGGAAAAAUUGGCAGCAGGAGCUGAGGCUGUAGCAGAAACCGUAGAUGGAGCGAAAGAAAAGGCGACCAAAGAAGCAAAGAAAACUAAAGAGAAGACCAGUGGUUUCUUCUCCGGAAUCUUCAAAGGCGCAAAACACGCAGUGGAAGACGUAACCGACGACGUCAAGGAAUUCGUGGACGAUACGAAGAAAGAAGCUACAAUGGAAGGAGAGCGUGCCAAGGAGACCGCAGACAAAGCUGUUGCUGACGUUAAGGAUGCAAAGGAUAAGGCAGCUUCUACAAUCAAAGACAAAAAGGACAAGAUUGUGGAAGAAGUCUCGAAAGAUGCUCAAAAAGUUGCUGACACCACGAAAGCAAUUGGGGAAAAAACAGGGGAAGAAACCAAGAUAAUCGGUGAGAAAAUCAGCAUAACAGCUGCAGAUGUAGCACAGGGAGCUAAGGAUACCAAAGAUGCAGCAGUUAAAGAAGUGAAGGAAGACACAAAAUUGGUUAAGGAAAAAUUGGCAGCAGGAGCUGAGGCUGUUGUAGAAACCGCGGAGGGAGCGAAAGAAAAGGCAACCAAGGAAGCAAAGAAAGCUAAAGAGAAGACCAGUGGUUUCUUCUCUGGAAUCUUCAAAGGCGCAAAACACGCAGUGGAAGACGUAACCGACGACGUCAAGGAAUUCGUGGACGACACGAAGAAAGAAGCUACAAUGGAAGGAGAGCGUGCCAAGGAAACCGCAGACAAAACUGUUGCUGACGUUAAGGAUGCAAAGGAUAAAGCAGCUUCUACAAUCAAAGACAAAAAGGAUAAGAUUGUGGAAGAAGUCUCGAAAGAUGCUCAAAAAGUUGCCGGCACCACGAAAGUGGUUGGGGAAAAAAUAGGGGAAGAAGCCAAGAUGAUCGGUGAGAAAAUCAGCACAACUGCUGCAGAUGUAGGACAGGUAGCUAAAGAUACCAAAGAUGCAGUGGUUAAAGAAGUAAAGGAAGACACAAAAUUGGUUAAGGAAAAAUUGGCAGCAGGAGCUGAGACCGUCGCGGAAUCUGCGGAGGCUGCCAAAGAUAAGGCUGGUAAAGAAGCAAAGAAGGUUAAGGAGAAAACAGGUGGUUUCUUCUCCGGUAUAUUUAAAGGAGCUAAACACGCCGUCGAAGACGUAACUGGCGAUGCCAAGGAAUUUGUGGACGAGACGAAGAAGGAAGCUGCACUGGAAGGAGAGCAUGCUAAAGAGAAAGUCGCUAUUGGAGUCAAGGACUUAAAGGAUAAAAAAGAUACCGUCGUGAGCGGAGCUCAAGAAGCUGCAGAAAAAGUUGCAGCUGAUGUGAAAGAUGUUAAGGAUAAAGCAGUAUCUGCCGUAAAAGACAAGAAAGAUAAAGUCGUAGAAGAAGUUUCGAGAGAUGCCCAAAUAGCUGUUGCUACCACAAAAGCAGCCGGUGAGAAGGUUGCAACAGAAACAAAGAAAGUUGGUGAAAAAAUAGGAUUAGCUGCAGCAGACGUCGCGCAAGGCGUUAAGGACGCUAAGGAUGCAGCGGUUAAAGAAGUGAGGGAAGAUACUAAAUUGGCGAAAGAGAAAUUAGCCACUGGUGUUGAAGUUGUCACAGAAACCACGGAAGGAGUAAAAGAGAAGGCCACAAAAGAAGCGAAGAAAGCCAAAGAGAAAACCGGUGGUUUCUUCUCUGGAAUAUUCAAAGGAGCCAAACACGCCGUGGAGGACGCUGCGAGCGACGUAAAAGAAUUUGUGGACGAGACAAAGAAAGAAGCUGCAUUGGAAGAAGAGCGUGCUAAGGAGAAAGUCGCUGCUGGGGUUAAGGACUUGAAGGAUAAAAAGGAUGCUGUUGUGAGCGGAGUUCAAGAUGCCGCAGACAAAACCGCCGCCGACGUGAAAGACGCCAAGGAUAAAACAGUUUCUGCAGUUAAAGACAAGAAAGAUAAAAUUGCAGAAGAAGUCUCAAAGGGUGCUGAGAAAGUAGUCGACACCACGAAAGCAGUCGGCGAGAAAGUAGCUGCGACUGCUGCGGAUGUAGCACAAGGAGUUAAAGAUACUAAGGAAGCAGCUGUUAAAGAGAUCAAAGAAGACACGAAAUUGGCAAAGGAGAAAUUGGCGGUUGGUGCGGAUGCUGUUGUGGAAGCAGCCGAUACCGCCAAGGAUAAGGCGAAGAAAGCCAAGGAGAAAGGAUCUGGCUUCUUUUCUGGCAUAUUUAAGGGCGCGAAACAUGCCGCGGAAGAUGUAACGGAAGACGUCAAGGAACACGUGAGCGAUGCUAAGAAGGAAGCUGCAGAAGGAUUAGAGGGUUUGAAACGCAAGAAAGACGAUGCAGUAGACAGUGCCAAGGACAUUGCGGAUAAGACCAUCGAGGGUGUAAAGGACGCCAAAGACAAGACCGUUUCAGCCGCGAAAGAUACGAAGGACAAAAUCACGGACACAGUCGCUAAAGACGCAGAAAAAGUAACAAGCACGUUGAAGGCAACCACUGACGAUGUGGCUACGAAGAUGAAGGAAGUUAAACAAAAAGCGGAAACCACGGCGGCGGACGUCGGACGUGGUGUAAAAGAUGCCAAGGAUGCGGUUGUCACAGAGGCGAAACACGACGUCAAGGUGGCGAAAGAAAAAUUGGCUGCUGGAGUUGAAUCCGUUGCGGAUACAGCGGAGGCUGCCAAGGACAAGACAACUAAAGAAGCGAAAAAAGCCAAGGAGAAGACCAGUAGCUUCCUCUCGGGAAUAUUUAAGGGAUCGAAGCACUCCGUGGAUAGCACAGCGGAAGAUGUGAAGGAGUUCUUGGAAGAAACCAGAAAGGAAGCAGCAUUGGAGCAAGCGCGCGCUAAGGAGGCAGCAGAAGCCGAACUAAAAGACCUGGAACAAAAAAAGGAUAGCAUCGUGACUGAGGCGAAAGAAGCGAAAGAUCGUGUGGCUGAGAAAAUAACCGAACAAGUUGGCAAAGCUGCUGACGCGACUAAAGCAGUGGGUGACAAAGCAGUUGCUGAUACAAAACGAGUUGCCGGCGAUAUCGCGCAAGGUGUCGCAGACACCAAAGACAGUGUGACGAAAGAACUGAAGGAGGACGUGCAGAGAUCGAAAGACAAAAUUAAAGCAGGCGGCGAUGCAGUGAUGGAUAGCGCGGUAGCUACGAAGGACAAAGCAGCGAAAGAAGCAAAAAAAGUUAAAGAAAAAGGUAGUGGUUUUCUUUCGGGAAUAUUUAAAAGCGCAAAACAUACCGCGGAAGAAGUGUCCGACGAUGUGAAAGAAUUCGUAGACGAAACGAAAAAGGAAGCUACAGCGGAGGAAGAACGCGCCAAGAAGAAAGCCGCCGCAGGCCUCAAAGAUUUGAAAGAUAAAAAAGACGCUGCCGUUGCAGGAGUGCAAGAAGCUGCAGAAAAAGUUACAACUGAUGUGAAAGAUGUCAAGGAUAAAGUAAUAUCUGUCGUAAAAGACAAGAAGGACAAAGUUGUAGAAGAAGUUUCGAAGGACGCACAGAAAGUUACUGAUACUACGAAAGCAGCCGGAGAGAAAGUGGCAACGGAAACCAAGAAGAUUGGUGAAAAAAUAGAUUCAGCUGUAGCAGUCGUUGCGCAAGAGGUCAAGGACACCAAAGAUGCGACGUUAAAGGAAGUAAAAGAGGACACAAAAUUGGCGAAGGAAAAAUUAGCAGCAGGAGCUGAGACUGUUGCGGAAACUGCAGACAGUGCAAAGGAUAAAGCCACCAAAGAAGCGAAGAAAGCUAAAGAGAAGACUAGUGGUUUCUUCUCCGGAAUCUUUAAAAGCGCAAAACACUCUGUGGAAGACACAACUGACGACGUUAAGGAAUUCGUAGACGAGACAAAGAAAGAAGUUGCACUGGAAGGAGAACGUAUCAAAGAGAAGGUUGCUGCUGGAGUCAAGGAUUUGAAAGAGAAAAAAGAUGCCGUCGUGAGCGGAGUUCAUGAAACCGCGGACAAAGCUGUUGCCGACGUGAAAGAUGCAAAGGAUAAAGCAGCUUCUACAAUCAGAGACAAGAAGGACAAGAUGGUAGAAGGAGUCUCGAAAGAUGCCCAGAAAGUUGCUGAUACCACAAAAGCGGUUGGAGAAAAAAUAGGGGAAGAAGCCAAGAUGAUCGGUGAGAAAAUCAGCACAACUGCUGCAGAUUUAGCACAGGGAGCUAAAGAUACCAAGGAUGCAGCGGUUAAAGAAGUGAAAGAAGACACAAAAUUGGUUAAGGAAAAAUUGGCAGCAGGAGCUGAGACUGUCGCGGAAACUGCAGACAGUGCGAAGGAUAAAACCACCAAAGAAGCGAAGAAAGCUAAAGAAAAGACCAGUGGUUUCUUCUCUGGAAUAUUCAAGGGCGCGAAACACGCCGUGGAAGACGCAACCGAUGAUGUCAAAGAAUUUUUGGACGAGACGAAGAAGGAAGCUCAAUUGGAAGAAGAACGUGCCAAAGAAAAGGUCGCGACAGGACUCAAAGACUUAAAGGAUAAGAAAGAUGCUGUUGUGAGCGGAGUUCAAGAUGCCGCAGAAAAAGCCACCACCGACGUAAAAGACGCCAAGGAUAAAACAGUAUCUGCCGUAAAAGAUAAAAAGGAUAAAAUUGUAGAGGAAGUAUCUAAGGAUGUCCAGAAAGUCGCCGACACCACGAAGGCGGCUGGCGAGAAAGUAGCCGAAGAAACGAAGAAGAUUGGUGAAAAAAUCAGCGCAACUACUGCGGAUGUAGCACAAAGUGCCAAAGAUACCAAGGAUGCAGCGGUUAAAGAAGUGAAAGAAGACACAAAAUUGGUUAAGGAAAAAUUGGCAGCAGGAGCUGAAGUUGUCGCGGAAUCUGUGGAAGCUGCUAAAGAUAAGACAGGUAAAGAAGCGAAAAAGGCCAAGGAGAAGACAGGUGGUUUCUUUUCCGGUAUAUUCAAAGGAGCUAAACACGCCGUCGAAGAUACAACGGAUGACGUAAAAGAAUUUGUAGACGAGACGAAGAAGGAAGCUGCGUUGGAAGAAGAGCGUGCUAAAGAAAAAGCUGCUGCGGGUCUCAAAGAUUUGAAGGAUAAAACGGACGCUGUUGUUAGUGAUAUUCAGGAAUCUGCCGAAAAAGCCGUUGCAGAUGUCAAAGAUGCAAAAGACAAGGCAGCUUCUUCCAUCAAAGAGAAGAAAGACAAGAUAGUGGAAGAAGUCUCGAAGGAUGUUCAAACAAUUGCGGACACCACGAAAACAGUCGGUGAGAAAGUUGCGAUAGGAACUAAGAAAGUCGGGGAAAAAAUAGAAUCAGCUGCAGCGGACGUCACGCAAGGUGUUAAAGACGCUAAGGAUGCGUCAGUAAAGGAAGUCAAGAAAGAUACAAAAUUGGCGAAGGAGAAAUUGGCAGCAGGAGUUGAGGAUGUUGUGGAAACAGCGGAGGGAGCGAAAGAAAAGGCAACCAAAGAAGCGAAGAAAGCUAAAGAAAAGACCAGUGGAUUUUUCUCCGGAAUAUUUAAGGGCGCGAAACACGCCGUGGAAGACGCAACCGACGAUGUUAAAGAAUUUUUGGAUGAAACGAAAAAAGAAGCUCAAUUGGAAGAACAGCGGACCAAAGAAAAUGCCGCCGAGAGUCUCAAGGAUUUGAAAGACAAGAAAGAUAGUGUCGUUGCUGGAGCUGAAGAAACUGCAGAAAAAGUUGUUGCUGAUGUGAAAGAUGCAAAAGAUAAAACAGUUGCCGCUGUCAAAGAUAAGAAAGACAAAGUUGUAGAGGAAGUCUCUAAAGAUACCCGGAAAAUAGUUGACUCCACAAAAGCAACCGGUGAGAAAGUGGUGACAGAAACGAAGAAAAUCGGCGAAAAAAUAGAGUCCACUACUGCAGAUGUCACUCAAGGAAUCAAGGAUGCCAAGGAUGCGGCAGUUAAGGAAGUGAAAGAAGAUACAAAAGUUGUGAAAGAGAAAUUAGCGGCGAGCGCCGAUGUUGUUGUGGAAGCUGCUGACAGUGCAAAGGACAAGGCGAAAAAGGCUAAAGAGAAAGGAAGUGGCUUUUUCUCGGGCAUAUUCAAAGGCGCGAAGCACACUGUAGAAGAUGUAGCUGAUGAGGCGAAGGAACUCGCAGACGAUGUCAAGAAAGGAGCAAUUUCAGAAAGUGAACGUGUCAAAGACGCGGCGGAAUCCGGUCUGAAAGAUUUGAAGGAUAAGAAAGACGCUGCGAUCAGUAGUGUGAAGAAAGCGGAGGACGAAACUAAAGCAGCCAUGAAGGACGCGUCGGAUAAAGUGGCAGAAAAAUUAUCUGAUGGUGUCCACAAGGCUGCCGACGGCGUUAAAGACGCGAGUGAUAAGUUGGCGACCGAUGUAAAAGAGGCGGGCGAGAAGGCGAAGUCAGCCGGACGAGAUAUUGUAGAAAGUAUCAAGGAUACGAAAGAUGCGAUUGCGAAGGAAGUUAAAGAGGACACGCAGGCAGCUAAAGAGAAGUUAACGGACAGUGCGGAAGUCGUCGCGAGCAAGGCGGAAGCGGCGAAGGAUAAGGUUGCCAAAGAAGCGAAGAAAGCGAAAGACAAAGGUAGCGGUUUCUUUUCGGGAAUGUUUAAGGGUGCGAAGCAGAGUGCCGAGAGCGCGAGCGACGAGGCCAAUAAAUUCUUGGACGAAAUGCGAAAAGACGCAACGUUGGAGCAGGAACGCGUGAAGGAGGCCGCGGCGGAAGGCUUGAAGGACCUGGAGCACAAGAAGGAUACUGCUGUCAGUGGUGUAAAGGACACGGCCGAUCGAGCUGUUGCUGACGUAAAGGAUGCCAAGGACAAGAUGGUUGCAGCUGCGAAAGAUACGAAGGAGAAAAUCGCAGAGAAAGUAUCCGAAGAUCUCGAGAAGGCUACUGAUGCGACAAAAGCCGCUAAGGCUAAAGUGGCAUCAGAAGCGAAGGAAGUUGGUGAGAAGAUAGAUUCAACAGUACAUGACAUCACGCAAGGAGUCGCGGAUGUUAAAGACGCAGCUGUUAAGGAAGUUCGAGACGAUGCGAAGAUGGCGAAAGAGAAAGUGGCAGCUGGCAUUGAAGCUGUAACCGAGGGUGCUCAUACUGCAAAGGACAAAGCCAGCAAGGAAGCGAAGAAAGCAAAGGAAAAGGGAUCUGGCUUCUUAUCGGGCAUUUUCAAAGGCGCAAAACACGCCGUGGAGGAUGCAACUGACGACGUCAAAGAGUUUUUGGACGAAACAAAGAAAGAAACUCAGUUGGAAGAACAGCGGGCUAAGGAAAAGGUCGCCGCAGGACUCAAAGAUUUGAAAGAAAAGAAGGACGUUGCCAUUAGCGACGUUCAAGAAGCUGCCGACAAAGCCGUUGCAGAUGCGAAAGAUGCUAAAGAUAAGGCAGCUUCUAUCAUCAAAGACAAGAAAGAUAAAAUUGCGGAAGAAGUUUCCAAGGAUGCCCAGAAAGUCGUCGAUACUACGAAGGCAGCUGGUGAAAAAGUAGCGGAAGAAACGAAGAAGAUCGGUGAGAAAAUCAGCGCAACUGUCACGGAUGUGGCACAGGAAGCUAAAGAUACCAAGGAUACAGCGGUCAAAGAAGUGAAAGAAGAUAUAAAAUUAACUAAAGAGAAAUUGGCAGUUGGAGUUGAGGCUGUAACUGACGGUGUCGAAGCUGUUAAAGACAAAGCGACGAAAGAAGCGAAGAAAACCAAAGAAAAAGGAUCCGGCUUUUUAUCUGGCAUAUUUAAAGGCGCGAAACACACCGUAGAAGAAGCGACCGACGACGUGAAAGAAUUCUUGGAUGAAACGAAGAAAGAAGCUCAGUUAGAAGAACAACGCGUCAAAGAAAAGGCUGCGACAGGUCUUAAAGACUUGAAGGAUAAAAAGGAUGCUGUUGUAACCGAAACUCAGAAAGCCGCAGAGAAGGUUGCAGCUGAUAUGAAGGAUGCCAAGGAUAAGACAGUCUCUACAGUGAAGGACAAGAAGGACGAAAUUGCAGAAAAAGUUUCGAAAGAUGCUCAGAAAGUCGCCGACAUCACUGGAGCAGCCGGUGAGAAAGUCGCGACUGAAUCGAAGAAGAUCGGGGAGAAGAUCGACGCAACUGCAGUGGAUGUUGCGCAGAGUGCUAAGGACGUAAAGGAUGCAGCGAUGAAAGAAAUUAAAGAAGAUACGAAGAUAGUAAAGGAAAAAUUGGCAGCUGGAUCCGCGACUGUAGUGGAUAGUGCCGAGGCAGCUAAGGACCAGGCGACUAAAGAAGCGAAAAUAGCUAAGGAAAAGGGUUCCGGCUUUCUGUCAGGCAUAGUAAAAGGCGCGAAACACGCUGUGGAAAGCGCGAAGGGCGACGUCAAGGAGUUCCUGGAUGAAACAAAGCACGAGGCGGAGUUGGAGGAAGCUCGUGCUAAGGAGACAGCAGCAGCUGGAUUAAAGGAGCUGGAACAUAAGAAGGACACUGUUGUUAGCGGCGCAAAAGAUGCAGCUGAUCGAACUGUCGCCGGAGUGAAAGAUGCCAAAGAGAAAACAGUGACUGCUGCGAAAGACACGAAGGAUAAGAUCACCGAGAAAGUGUCCGAACAGCUGGACAAAGCUGCUGACACAGCCAAGGCAGCUAAAGACAAGGUGACGUCAGACGCGAAGGAAAUCGGUGAGAUGAUGGAUUCCACGACGCGCGGCAUCGCGCAGAGAGCUGCUGACGCUAAGGGCGCAGCAAUUAAGGAAAUUCAGGAUGAUGCGAAGAUGGUGAAGGAUAAAAUGGCAACCGGUGUCGAAGUUGUAGCCGACGGUGCCGAAGUCGCUAAAGACAAAGCGACAAAGGAGGCGAAGAAAGCUAAAGAAAAAGGUUCUGGCUUCCUGUCGGGCAUAGUCAAGGGCGCGAAACAUGCCGUAGAAAGCGCCAAAGGUGAUGUCAAGGAGUUCUUAGACGAAACGAAGCACGAAGCUGAACUGGAAGAAGCUCGUGCCAAAGAAGCAGUAGCGACCGGAUUGAAGGAGCUGAGGGACAAAAAGGACAGCGUGGCGACUGACAUGAAGGACGCCGAGGAUAAAAUAGUCAAAGAAGCGAGCAAGACUGUAGACACGACGAAGGCAACGGUGGAGAAGUUGGCGAGCGAAACCAAGAAGGUCGGCCAGAAAAUAGAAUCUAAAGCGACAGAUAUUGCGCACGACAUAAAAGACACCAAGGAGAGUCUCAGCAAGGAGAUUAAAGAAGACACGAAGGCGGUGAAGGACAAAUUAACGAUCAGCGCAGAUGCCGUCACAGAUGGUGUUAAAGCUACUAAGGACCAGCUGGCAAAGGAUGCCAAGAAGGUAACAGAUAAAGGCUCGGAUCUCCUGUCUGGAGUAAUGCAAAGUGCAAAGCAGACGAAGCAAGACAUUACCGGCGACGUGAAGGACUUCUUGGAGAUGACAAAACAAGAAGCUGCCGCUGAAGAGGCUCUAGCUAGAGAAGCUGCAGCGACGGGAUUGAAGGAACUCAAGCAAGCGAAGGAUAAAGCUGUUGAUGAAGUUAAAUCCACGACGGCUAAAGCUGCGAAGAGUACGAAGGAUGUCAAGGAGAAGAGCGUAUCCAGCGUAAGGGACGUCAAGGACAAGACCAUUUCUGGGAUAAAGAGUGCAACUGGCAAAGUAGUUGGCGAAAUUUCCGACGCUACGAGGACGGCAGGCGAGAAAGCCAAAGCCACCGGUCAAGACGCGACGCAGAGAGCGAAACGUACCAAGGACGCCGUCGUAAAGGAGGUGAAGGACGACGCGCGAGCCGUCAAAGAAAAAUUGGCAGCUGGAGCGAGCGCUGUCGCUGACAGCGCAGACGCCGCCAAGGACAAGACCACGAAGGAAGCCAAGAAAGCGAAGCAGAAGGCUGGCGGAUUCCUAACAGGCGUGGUGAAGAGCGCCAAACACGCAGUGGAGGGGGCGACCGACGACAUGCGAGAGUUCCUGCAGGAGACUAAGCAAGAGGCAGUCGCGGAGGAAGCUCGCGCGAAGAGCGAUGUCACUCAUGCGAAAGGCAGAGCCGCCGUUAAAUCGGCCAAGGACGACCUGAAGGCCAAGUCCAACGGCGCCAUGAAAGACGUCAAAAAGAAGGUCGCCCCGAGAAUUCCCAAGGUCGAGAGCGCGAGAACGAGAUCGUCGUCGUCGUCAUCGUCGUCUUCGGCGACGGACACGCGCGUAGGUAGUUAUCGCGAGGUCGCGUCCGAGCGCAUUCAGGGUGCGGUCAUCCGCGGCCCCGAGGCCGCCAUGCCGGAGAGGUCGACUCCCAGCGACGUAGAGCAUUUAUCUGAAUCAGUUAGGGUUAAGAAAGUCUCUCGCAUUCCACAAAAGAUUAGUCCAGGGAAAGAUACCGGCGGGGGGGAGGGCGGUCAUGCGUCGACCGUCGCGUUAGACGAUUCAGGAUCGAGUUCAGGUUCGGUUUCGAGUAGAUUAGAGACAGUAUCUGUGGUAGGGCACCCCGAGCCUCACACACGGCACACCGUCACCACAGUCGUGACAAAGUCUGUGCGAACGACCCCACCACCACCCGGUCUCGCCGAGUUCAGUGACAGUAGAACCGAAGACGUGACCGAAGAGGCUGCAAGGCGGGCACAAAACCUGGCGGAACAGGCGUUCACUUCGAGCAAAGCAGGGCAUGAUUCGGCUGAGAUUGAUGGGACUGUAGAGAGGCAUGCUACUUCUGCUCCAUCAAAGCAACCUGUUCCCGCCCCGCGUCACUCCACCAAGCCGUCUACCAAAGCCGAGCUCCGCCUGGAGCUCGGUGACGCCUCACGAAUACCGUCGCACGGCUCCAGCAAAGGUAAAACGCUCGAGCAGGAGGCGCACUCGCCGACCAAGAGCAGCCCGAAGAGCAAGAUACCCGUGAAAGCGGCGAAGAGACAGUCCUCGGAGAGCGAAGAGCCUCCGAUCGCCGACAAGAUCGAAAGUUCCGACGCGAUCAUGAGAUCCACCGUCAUCGAGUCGUCGAGGAAGGAGCGCGCUGCUCCGAGAACGAUCUCGCGGACCGUCCGUUGCAUCACCAAGGAAUACACGGACGGCGAACUCACGAAGGAGACGGUAGAGGAAACUGUGUCGCCCAAUGACAUGAUUCAGACGGCCAGAACAGAUCAUGUGAGCGAUGUCAUCGACGGAAUGGAAGUGACUCCAUUGAAGGAUGACAAAGUCGAACAGAUACGAAGAACGACGACUACCACCGUGGCGACUAGUAGCGAUCCAUCGGUCGACCCCGAAAAGCUGGAGGAGCUAUUAAAGACGGGUGGAGUCGUGGAGACGGUGAGAACCGUGACUCUCAGCGCGGAGGGCAGUGAUCUGGAACCGAUGACGCGCGAGGAGGUCGUAAAGAGGAUAAACCUGGUCGCCAGCACCCUACCGAGCGAAAUCUUCGACUUCGGCGACAAGUUCCCGGACUCCACCACCACCGGCGGCAGCACCACCACCACUACGAUCAAGACUGACAGAUCCAUGGGCUCGGAAGGUAUCAUGCAGACAGUCACGACCGUGCAGCGCGUCACAAUGGAGAUGCCGGAGGUGGAGAGAACCGAGAAGGUGGUACGAACGGUGAUCUCCUCCAGCAGCGGGGAUGGCGACGGCAGCUACGAGGACGCUUUAAAGAGGAGCUUGGAAGAGCGGGUCGUAAAAGCAGAGGUUGGGGACACCGCCUCAUGGGCAGCGGCGGCGGCUGCGACGACAGCUGCUGCUGCCGCCGCUGCUGGUCGGCCGCUGACGAAGGACGAAAAGUCUGAGAUGGCCUGGGAGUUGUCGAUGUCCAAGCCGCAGGAGGAACGGCCGGAUCAGUGGGAAACUUCGCGUUUCUCCCAAGACACCUCGCCCGGCUCCGGCAACGGCGACGUUUACGCCGCUGCUAACAACAACAACAACGGCGGCGGCAACAACAAUGUCAACAACAACAAGAACGGUAGCGCGAGACACGAGGUGCACAGCGACACCGAUAGUGACGGUUCGCCGCAACCUAGAAGACGAUCUCCGAGCAAGAGGCGUACGUUGGGCAGUUCCAGCGGGUCGGAUGUAGCACUGCACGAAGGUGCGGAGCUGUCCCCGUUGGAGGACGACCAAGAAUCUGACUUUUUGCAACAUAGCGAGCCAUCCUUCAUGGAAACGACAACGAUCGAGGUGGAUCCUCUCACGCAGGAAAGUAUAACGACGACCACGCGAACGGAGACAAGAACAAUAUCGUCCACGGGAGCCGGCGGAACGGACGAGCUGCGAGAAUCUAUGCAGAAGAUCAUGGAUACGUUCAUGACGGAGGAGAAGAAGGACCACUAAGAGCGGGACAACCAACUACUCCUCGAGGAAGAAUCGUGAAAGAAGAGAAAUGGGAAGGAGGAAAGAGAGAGAGAGAUACAGAGGAGAAAUCGCCGAGCGGUCUCUCGACGCGGAUUCGCCGCGUUGAUCACAAAAUCGACGCUUCAGAACGAAGCCAUCGGCUCUCGUGAGGCUCGACGCGUCCUCGGGUGUCGAAUGACGACGAGUUCUCGAUUUCCACACACCUGUAGAGAGCCGCGGGGCGCAAGAACUCACACGACGUCCCAGAGUGUCCUGAGUCGUCGUGCGCGCGCGCGCGUAUCUUCGCGGGGACAGACGACGUCCUCGUCUCCGGGGCUACACCAAGCAUGCACGGACUUUUAACUACCACGCUCUCUCAUGGCCUAUGCUUCGGAUUUGCUUGCCUUUCCGUUCCGCUCAGUUGCCUUACACUCUUUGCGUUCUUCAAUCUCGCGCGAUCAAUCGACGAUGAUGACGAUAAUGAUGAUGAUGAUGAUGUUGUGUAUUGUCGUUGCUAGUCCGACUAGCCGAUCCGCGCUAGUCUUCACUAUGCCAACCCGUCCAUGUACAACGCCUUUCUCGUGUUGUUCGAAGUUAAAUGCGAAUUGGAAGAGAGGGAAAGAGGAAGGGAAAGAGAAAAGGAAGGAAAGACAGGCGAACGUGGAGAGACGAGACGAAGGCAAUGAGAAUAGGAAAAUAUUAGAAAGAAGAUGUGUGAACAAGACGGGAGUGCACAGGAUAAAGGAUCGUCUCGAGCGAACGAUCUGUCGAUAUCACCGAUCGUUUUAAACUAGUAAGAUUCUCGCGAUAAUAGUCCGUUUAAGCUUUAGGAUGGUUGUAUAUCUCUAUCCGCGCAAUACAUCGCUUAAUAGGUCGGCAAUAUAUAUAUAUAAAAAAAAAAAUAUAUAUAUAUAUAUAUAUAAAUAUAUAUUUCAUUAACAUACUUUCGACGAUGGACAAUUGACGAAGUUUCUGAGAGGGAAUGGGGAAAGUUUCUCGCUGUUAUUCGACUCAAUCGCGAGUCCGCGCACAAUAAAAAUAAAGGGGGGGGGAGGGGAUGGAAAGAAAAAAUACUGAAACUAGCCGCUCACGUUGAUUUGAUUAACAGCGAGAGAUAAAUGUUUUUAUGCAUCGGGAUAUAAUGUAAAUUUAACUUGUUUAAAAAAAGGAUAUUUCCUAACAGUUUUUAAUUGUAUAUAUAAUAAGUUUUUAGCGUAUAACUUAUAUAAAUGUACUAUGGAUACGAUUGUAAUAAUUAUAAGAUUCUAACAGGAAUAUUUUAUUUACAUAGCGGGCCCCCUGAAUAAGAAGGAGAAAAGAACUCGUUACGCUCGUUAAUUUGUAAUAAGGUCGGGUGAGUUUCGACGUCGUCAGUGUUGUGUCAUCCACGUGAAUCAACGUGAAUUAGUAGUAGAGAGCGGAGUGGCGGACGAUGCGGAGAUUAUGUUGUUCGAAAUUUUAACGAUUCGUUCUCAAUAUAUCCUAAGCGGUGUUAGCUUUCAGUGUAUGACACAAUUUUAAUGAGCACAGAAAGAGAAGGGGAAGGGGGAUCAUAUAAUAUAUAUGUAUAUAUAUAUCGCAUUAUCGGAACAUACAUAUAUAUAUAUAUAUAUGUGUGUGUGUCCAAUAUAUAUAUGUAUGUAUACACUAUAUGAAGACACACACAAAAAAAUUUAAAUAAGGUAUUCUAUUAAUGUAUGAUACAUUGAAAGAUAUAUAAUGAUUAUGCAUCUGAAGUUUAUAAAUUAUUAUAUCUAUGAUGACUGUUAUACUACGUUUAAUAGACUUGCCUAGAGCCUAUCUGACCUAAGGACCAAAGGCACAAUCACACGCGCAUCAAAAUAAAAUAAUAUGCUCCCAUG